AUGGACUGCUUUUCUAAACUCCCUCCUGAGCUCAGGAUCCAAAUCCUUUCUCAGUUCUCGUCCACAACUACAAUUUUCCGACUCAUCCGAGCAUCUCCAAUCAUGUUUGCUCAGUACAGGGCAUCCAAAGCAACUAUAAGACGCCAUUAUGUGGUCAAUCUACUCACUGGUGAUCGACAUGAAGAGCUCCUACAAGACGCCUUGGGCCUGCUUUAUCUGGACCUGGCCGACAAUCGACCUGACAAUCAUGUCAUGAAAUACAUCAUCAGGCAGUGGACGUCAAAAGCGUUACCCAAUCCUCUUGAAGAAAAGGAUCAAGCUACCAUUGCCAAGCUCUAUAAACUAUUCUCCCACAUGAGUAUGUUUGUGGAAGAAUACAUCAGCAAAGCCACUGCCUUAAACCCACCUCAGGCUUACCUCUGUCUUCCGCAGAUCUCCAUUCCAAUCAGAGGGCUCUACUACAACGAACACAGCUUUAGUCCAAAGUAUGUCACUUUAGAUGAGCUCACUUCAUCAGAAUGUCAGUUUCUUGUAUGGGCUUUUAUGAGAUUUGACAUGCUCUGCAAGACUCACGGUCCUGGGGCAGCAUUGUUGAUAGACAAGAACGAGCACAGUGCUAUUACUGAGAAGAUACUCUACCAGCUCGCUGACUACGAGCACGAGGCAAUCUAUUGCGUUCUCGAGUAUCUACCAAAAGAAUGUAUUCCUGCAUUGUUAGGAUUUGUUUACGAUUUGCCAGACCUUGGCUUUGAUCUACUCAGAAAUCUAGUCCUCUUUGCAAACAAGACACAGCCCGAAGAUGUGCGAAGCUGGUUCUAUACGAUAUUUUCCGAAUGGACGAGGUCAACGCUUCCCCCCCCUCGCAAUCAUCGCUUCCCCCUCCUCGGCGGGCUUUCGAUGAACUUGGAUCGCCAUCUAGAUGACUCGCUGAGAUCUUUCUUGGUGCGGAGGUUGUCUCCUACUCACUACUUGGAAUCCGCCCGUUUCUCCUUAAUACCAUUCCGGCUUCGAGCAUUGUGUUUGCAGCGCAGAAUAUUCAGACAACGAGCGUGGGUUUUUCUGGAUGAUACACGACUCAGCCAAAAGGAUCCUGACCACUUCCCGCUAAUCGAAGAUCUUUACAAGCAACAAACCACUGCCAAUAAACUUGAUUACAUGUUUGAAGUCCAAGAGAGGGAACGACUGCGACUUUUACAACUUUGCCAGUAUCGAAGAGAAGUGGGCUUCAAGGACACCCAAAACGAAGGGCAGGAGUAUACAUUUAGAGAGAAUGAUCAGGCUUCCAUUCCACGUUUGUUUGACCGAUCAGGUAAUAGGGAUGUGACAACAUUUUGGCGACAUAUCUGA